AUGGAGUCACUCUCAGCCCCUGUCUACAGAGGUCCUGUCCCCUGGAAUUGGCUCCUGUUGGCCAGUGGCACCAGAGAAAAACUUAACCAGGGGUACAAACAUCAUCCUUACCACCAGCCUCAGGAGAAAUACACCCCAAGAGGUGCAGGACUCUGGGAACAUUCAUUCACCCACAGGUAUUUGCAGCCUGUUGCAGGCACUGGGGAUGCAAGAUCGGACAAGCACCUGUCCCCAUUGAGCUCACGUUCUUUGGGUGGAGAGAGCUGGAGCCUGCCCACCACUGUCCAACUCGCUAUUGUGUCAACUAAUGCUGCCGAAGGGAAGGAUGUGAUUCUACGUAUCUGCAAUAUGCCUGCCGAUUAUAUAGGAUUCAUGUGGGGGGAAGAGCCAAUUUUUGAAAAUAAUAUUGCACGUCUUGGAACGUCGCCAGGACAUAGACCAGGGCCUAAAUACAGCGAUCGAGAGCAAAUAAACUUUGAUGGAUCCUUGCUGAUAAAGAGUGUCACCCUGAAGGACACAGGAAUCUACACCGUACUAGUCUACCUUAAAAGCUCAAAAAAAGAAGAAAUUGGAUUUGGACAGCUCAAUGUAUAUGAGCCAGUGACAAGGCCCACCGUCCUAGCCAGCAAAACCACAGUCGUAGAGCGUACGGAUUCCGUGAUCCUGAUCUGCUACACAAAUGCAGACUCCAUCCAGUGGUUCUUCAAUGGCAUAAAUCUUCGGCUGACGAAGCGGAAGAAGCUGUCCUGGAACGACAGAUCCCUCACCAUAGAACCCAUAUGGAGGGAGGAUGCUGGGAAUUACCAUUGUGCAGUGUCCAAUCCCAUCAGUUCCGCGCACA